CUAUAAAUUUACUGUCAAACGGUCUUCUGAAACAGAUUGGCGGAUUUAUAAUGGCAGUACUGUUCUUGGAUCCACCCCCAGGGAGCUUGCCAGCAGAUAAUGAACCAAUAAGAAAAGAAAAACUGUUGUACAAAGAUCAAAUAAGCCAUCAUCUAUUGGAAAAAUUGAUGAGCUUUGUUCAGUCCAGAGGUGCAGUAGAGGAGCGCUGCCCCAGCUGCGCCGAAGGACGAGCCUUCAUCAAAGAACAGUUUGGAUUAGGGGAAAUUGAAGAUACUGGCAAUUAUACAGCAAAUCCUGUUUUAAUUUCUACAUUCAAAAGAAAAAUGAAAUAUCGGUCAUCAUAUGAAUAUUUUUGCAAGAAUAUUGAGGAAAUAACUGGUAAAGCUUUUGAUGAGCAUGGACGAGAUUCUGAUGCAGAUUCUCAGUUUAAAACCUGGAGUGAGAAAGCGCCCAAAGUUCCUGAAGGCAAUAACAAAAUGCAACAAAAUGCAGGGAAGAUCAAAAAAAAGAAAACUUUUGUCUCUGUGCUACACACAUUGACUUGUCUGAUGCUCAUAUAUCAGAAUGGUAGCUCCAGCUUAGAAGAAAUUCUAAACGAAAAUGAUGAUGACAUGAAUGCAUUAAAUAACCAACUGAAAGAAAAGAAAACUUUUGUCUCUGUACUACACACAUUGACUUGUCUGACGCUCAUAUAUAAGAAUGGUAACUCCAGCUUAGAAGAAAUUCUAAACGUAAAUGAUGAUGAUAUGAAUGCAUUGAAUAACCAACUGAAAGAUGCAAGGAACCAGAACUAUCCUAUAAUCUGCUACAAUUAUUUGUUUUGCAAAUGUCAAGAUGGCCAACCACACUCUUCAGGAGAUUUAAUGGAAGACAACAAAAAUAGGAAUAAGCAAAACAGUGAAAAAAUAAAUAAAAAACGAUCACGGCAAGAACAAUAUAUUUCAAGUAAAGAAUUUCAAAAAACUUCAAAACUUGAUUUUUUAAAUCAAAUAAACAGCAUUGGAAGAACAUUCAAAUGGCUAUUUCUGUGUCUGCAGCUACUGCUUAGCAUUCCUGUAUCCACUUGUGGUUAUCACAGCCUGAGCUAUUACCAUUCUGGAGUGUCAGAGCGCUUCCCAGGUCUACCACAAUUUAUGGCAGUGGGGUAUAUAGAUGACGAACAGAUAGACAGCUACAACAGUGAUACAAGGGAGCUCAUACCUGUGACUAAAUGGAUACAAAAUAACACAGAUGUUUCUUACUGGAAGAGGCAGACAACUUAUCGCAGAGGAUGGGAAGAGGUGUUCAAAGAAGAUCUGAUGAUCUUAAAUGGCCGUUUCAAUCACACUGAAGGCCUCCACACAUUUCAGCUGAUGUAUGGCUGUGGGCUGGAUGAUGAUGAAAAUACAGUGGGGUAUUAUCAGUACGGUUAUGACGGUGGUUAUUUUAUUGAUCUGGAUCUGAAUAGACUAUUGUGGGUGCCUUACACAAAUGAGGCUCAAAUAAGCACUCAGAGAUGGAACAGGGAACAGCAUGUCGCCAACAGAGUCCAUAGCUAUCUCAAAAAUGGAUGUAUUAAAGCUCUGAAGAACUAUAUCAGUCUUGCUGGAAAAGAGAGGAAAGUUGUCCCUCAAGUGAAGGUUUCCGGUCACCAAUCAGACGCUGUAACAAAGCUUCACUGCCGGGUGUACGGGUUUUACCCUAAAGCUGUGGAUGUCAAGUGGGUGAAGAAUGGAGAAAUCGAUUUAAUGUCAGAGGAGGCAACACAGGUCCUCCCCAACCCUGAUGGGACCUAUCAGCUCAGGGUCACUGUGGAAGUGAUACCUAAGGACGGGGACAGUUUCUCCUGUCAUGUGGAUCACAGCAGCCUGAAGGAGCCACUUACUGUGCUUUGGGAACCAAAGAAAACUUCCCCUCUGAACAUUGCUGUUGUUGGAUCUAUCCUCCCUUGCGUUAUUUCUGCUGCUGUUGCUGGAUACUUUAUGAUCAGAAAGAAAAUGUUUGCUUGUUAUGAAAAGAAGAAGCUUGUUUAUUACAUUGUUACAGAGAAGGAUUCACCUUGCAACUAUUCUCCUCCCAGUAAAAUUGAUGCAAAUGAAGAUUCACCCGACACAAAUUUAAUUCCCUAUAAACCUGAAACUGAGUGUUCCUCUUCAACCUCAUCCACUGAGUCCUCUGAAAGCAGCACAUUAUCCACCAACUCAUCCACUGCUCCAAUGGUUUAAAAGAGAAAAGCAAAGUCGAUCUGGAAGAAUUCAUUUAUGUGCAGAUACUGAAUAACAUUUUUUUUUUUAAUAAAAUCCAGUGAGCACCUGCUUUACUACUGAUGGCUGUUGAAAUCUGAUUAGGAGAGUGCACAUUUUUGGAAGAAAAACAUUCAAAUAACUUGAAAAAUUAAACUAUUAUCAAUUUUUCUUCGUUCUCUUGGUAUCUUU